CACCGACCUGUUAGGCGACGCCGAAGUCACCACGGCGUGUGAAGGAAGCUGAACUUCAAUCCACAGGGGAAUACGACCCCAUCUACAAAUGGGCGAAGCUCUCAAGAAGCGUAUAAGAAUGGUCUCCCUUCCACACAGAAGUCCCAUCCCAGCGACAACAAACAGCGCAGUCCUCUCUACAACACCUGCAAAUUCUCCCUCAACACAUUCUCGAACACAACUACCAACUCAAGUCUUCCUGCAUCACCAGCAAAGUCAACAUGCAAUUCACCACCACCGCCGCCCUCCUCCUCUCGGCCCUCGCCUUCCCCCUCCCCGCAACCUCAGAAGUAACCGAGCCCUUCGCCGUGAAGGUCAAAACCUUUGACAACAUCACCGCCUGCAGGCUCGACCUUCCGCUGACCAACGACUGGCUCAAAGACGGCACAUGCCACCAUCUUCCCAACUCGCGCUUGGAUGUCAACGAAAUUCAUGACACGUGCCGAAGUAAGUUGAUUGUCAGAACGGUGGAAAUUGGAGUAUCGCUGAUUGAGGUGGCAGUUUUCAUUUAUGAGAACAACGACUGCUCGGGCUGGGAGAGACAGGUGUAUGCCGGGGAAACGUGCAUCGAUAUCAAGAAGUUCUACUCUCUGAAGGCUUUCUGCCAUUAGGGCGUUUGGGGAGUCC